GGAAGGAGAGGUGGCGGGGAGCGGGUGUCACAUGGCCGUGCAGAGGCUAGUGGCGGCGGCGGUAGCAGUUGCCCUUCUGUCUCUGGUUCUGAACAAUGUUGCGGCUUUCACCCCCAGCUGGGUCUUGCAGGCCCUGGAAGAUGGGCGUAGGAGGAGUGUGGGACUGUGGAAGAUGUGCCCCACUGGAGGGGAGAGGGCUCGGGAUGACCUCCAGGCCGGGAGAAGGGGGCAAGGAGCACAGAGACAAUGUGAAGGUCUGGGAUGGGGCUCAGAGUACGCUGGCUAUCAAGAAUCCCGCAGCUCUGUUAAGUUGCAGUUUGACAUGAUGCGGGCUUGCAACCUGAUGGCGACCGUGGCCCUGACUGCUGGUCAACUGAUCUUCCUCCUCGGCCUGAUGGAGCUACCGUUAAUCACGCGAGAAUCGCAAUGGUGGGAGGAGGCCAUUGCUGCCCUCUUCCAGCUAGCCAGUUUUGUGUUGGUGAUCGGACUUGUGACCUUCUACAGAAUCGGCCCUUACACACACUUGUCCUACUCCUGCUACAUGGACAUAGCCGCUUGCCUGCUAGCUACCAUGGCGGCAGCAAUGCUAAUCUGGAAUAUUUUACACCGCCGCGAUGACUGCCUGGCCCCGCGGGUCAUUAUCAUCAGUCGCUCGCUGGCAUCCCCUUUCCACCCACGUCUGGACAAUGACUAUGUGGACUCACCAUGUUAAGCAAAACAACACAGGCUUUUAUAAAUUCAGUUGACGGAUGGGUGAAGAGUCAAGAGUUAUCUCUCUGCCAUGUGUUCAAUUUCAUAAUCCACAACUAUGUCAGAAUUGUAUUGCUACACGGCAGCAAGUACAAUUUAGAGAUGUCAUUGGUGGCUAAAUAAUUUACUAGUUUGGACCAGUAAUCGCUCCCAAACAGAAGAUCAAGCUGGACCUUGACCUUGAUUGUUAUAAGUGCACUUUUUCAAAGGUUUUACUAUAAAUUGGAAUUAUGACAUGACAUUGAAUGACAUCACAAUAACAAAAUACCUCAUGUUUUUUCUCCCAUCACUUUGCAUAUCAAAAUGUAAUAUUGCUAUAUCUUUAGAUAGUAAACUAAUUCAAUACAUCAUUGUCAGUCAACUUAGCAAGGUUUAUUCAUGGGUAACUGCAAUAUCUAAUAGGAAUAUGGUAUUUUAUUACGUCUGCAUAGAGGAAAAGGUGGAUAUUAAAAUAAACAAUUAUUUUGGAAAUCUGCCUGUUUGUGGUACAUUCUGUAUGCUAAGUCAAUAUUGGUUAUAGCUGCUUUAAAAUACAGUGUUAAUGUGUAGUAAUAUUUCGAUUAUUAUAUCAUGAGUCUAUAAAGUCUACAGUCUAUAGAGUCUACACAUUUCUAAACAUAGGGGUACAUUUUUAAAAAUAUAUCGUAAAAAUUCAAUAAACUGGCAAAAGAAAAAUAAACA